CAAAAAAGAGUCUUAAAGCUUCCAGAUCCGAAGAAGAAACAGAAGGGCGUUGGAGAUCUGCGGAAGAGGAAAGCGGCCCCUGCGCCCCCCUGUCAGUGUGUGGCCUGGGUGCAGUGCUCUAGGGAGAGCUGCAUGAGGUGGAGGAGGUUGGGAGAAGACGUUGAUCCCUUACUUUUGGCUGAUGAUUGGUCUUGUGAACAGAAUACAGAUGUUUCUUAUAACAGAUGUCAGACUCCGGAAGAGACUUGCGCGGACUCUGAUGAUGAGAUUGUUUAUACCACUUUUGUCCCGGGGUCCAUCGUGUGGGCAAAACAGCACGGAUACCCCUGGUGGCCGGCUGUCAUCGAUUAUGAUCCAGACUCACCGGAAUACUUCGUGUUUAACAAUUCAGUGGAUCCAUUACCUUCAAAAUAUCAUGUAGCAUUCCUGGAAGAGCCUGUUACUCGUGCCUGGGUUUGCAGCACCCAUCUUAAAUCCUUCCACAGACAUUCAGCUGACAGUAUUAAUAAAAAACUUAAAAAUGCUGAUAUGAGUCUGAAGCUGGAAGGCAGCAUUAAGAUGGCCCAUGAAGCCCUGGCCUUAGGUAUCCAGGAGCGGAUUCGUAACUACGGGUUUUGUCAGCGUUACAGACCGCAGAAGGCUGAAGGACCGGCGGUGCCUUAAUGUAUACACGGGCCCCGGCGUGCAUCAGAGACUCACAU